GUUUCUUCCGGUGUGGCUGCGGCAAAAUUGAAAAGGGAAUAUCAAAACAUACCGAAAAAAGCGACCGACUCCGCUUCGUCAUGGAACAAGAACAUUUAAACAACAGCUACAAUUGUUGAAUCUACCUGUUGCUGUGAUGUAGUUACCAACAUAUGAUGUAAAGACUGGCACAUCUACAAGAAAACACAAUUUCAUUCUAGUAUUGAACUAGAGGACACCAUGGCCACCACCAUGGCAGGUGAUCCAGUUUACCUUGGCCUAGACCAAAAGUUUGACAAGGUCUUAGCGGACAUGAAACCACAUGUGCUUAAACUUCCUCAUAAAUCAGAUCGACAAAAAUGUGCAAUAUGGAUCAAGAAGCUAUGUGAACCAGUCAUGGGAAUAACUGGGAGAAAGAAUCGUAAUGCGUACGCCCAGCUAAUGUUACACAUGCUGAAGAGAGGGGUCCUGGAGGGGCCCUUCACCAGUAAACCCCAGGACGGCCCCCUACCAACACUUCCUCCUUAUAUGUCCAUAUACUUUGAUGAGCCAUCGGGCAAAAAAGGCCAGUCUGAGGACCAGGUGCCUGACUGGGUGGCCGGUGAGCUGACAUCAUCAGUUGGGUCGUCAUUGUUCAAAUCAUCCAUAGGAAACCCCACAGCGUCUUCUACCUGGAGGUCUGGUUUAUCUCCCAUCGGAUAUGAACGGGGACUCCGCAGAAGACCUCAUACUAGUAUGGGAAUAGAACUGGACAAAGACCCCAGCAUAGCGUCACCGAUACGAGGUAUGACGUCACCGACUCGGGGCAUGACGUCACCAGUCAGAGGCUUAGAGCUGCCAGAUCAUGGAAUUAUGUCAUAUGACGAUAUAAGUAUCGGUAGGAAGUCGCCCUCGGUAAGGAAGACCCACUUUCUGUCUGACGAUGAAGAAAGCCUACGCCUCGUCAGACAUGAUGAGAGAAAGCUUUUCAAAGAGUCGCCUAAACACAAAAGGAAGAAGGAAGAAGAGCUAAGCCAACCAUCACCUCCACAUCACUAUAAUCCUCCAUCAGGUCUGUUUGGGGGUUCCAUCGCAUCCACAAAGCUGACCUUUGACAUUGAUCAGACAAAGGAUUAUGGCAAAGAUAACUUACAAAUGAAGACAAAAAUGUUAGAAGCAAGAUUUCAUGAAGAAAAAUUAAGACUGCAACAGAAACAUGACGGUGCUGUACAGAAGAUUUUAGAUAGAAAAAAUGCUGAAAUUGAAGAAUUAAAAUCCCACUACAGGUCAAAAGCCAAGGAGUUAGAAGAGACCAUAUCAAAAAUGGAAAAGAAAAUCCAAACACUAGUCAAAGAUUCUCAGGCAAUGAGGGACACCAAGGACAAAUACAUCACAGAUCUCAAGAAAAUGGUGGAGGAGUCCAAUUUCACACGAAGAAACGAGUUCGAAAAAGAAUUAAACGACAUGGUUGCCAAAUUUGAGCAGGAUAAAUUUGACAUGCAGAAGAAUCACACGAAGAGUAUACAGGAGAUUCUGGACGACACAAACGGCCGUCUGCUCAAAAUGGAGAAGGAGUACAAUCAACAGACCAACCAGACUUCGACAGUCAUCAAGGAACUAGAGAACCGUCUACAGGCCCUUAUGUCUGAGGUGGACCAAACAGCCAAAGCGAGAAAUAACGUUGAACGUGAAAAAAUGGAUCUGGACUGUAAACUUGACCGCCUGACCGCUGACUACAGAGAUGUGAAGGAUAAAUAUCUAAAUCUUGAAAAGGAACAUCACAGGAGCUUAGAGGUGAACGAUCAAGAGAUGAGGACACUAAAAAACAAAAUGGAAGCUAGUCUAGAGUUUAUGAAACAGGAGCACAACAUUUCCGCAGCUAAGGCUGCAGACAACUUAUCUGAGCUGGACAAUCAUGUAGACCAGUUGAAGAGAGCUCUGAAGGAUGCUGAGGAACAGCGACAGAGACAGAUCAGGGAAAUGGAACAAGUACAACAACAAGACAAGAUACACCUCGAGAAUCUCCACGACAAACAGACAAGAGCCAUGAAGCUAGAGACCGAGCAGAUGGAACAGGACUUCCAGAAAAAGAUAAAGAAAUUGGAGCAGACUAUCAGAGAGAAAGAGGAUGAGGUAAAGAAACUGACGGACAAGAACACCAAACAGUCGCAACAGGCAGAGAAAGCUCUAGAGGAGUUCAAAGGUCAAGUGGAGAAAAAUCAGGAUCGCAUGUACAACGAAAUGAAGCAACAGAUGGAGAGGGUGGAGACCGACCUAAACAAAUCUAAACAGGCGCGAGAGAGACAGGCCCGCGAGUUCAACAAACAGUUGGAGGAUGAACGAGCCCAGCACGAACGACAGAUGGUGGAGCUGAAGUUGACCCUGGAACAUGACAAGGCUCAGAUGUUACAAGACUUCCACAAACAGAAGGAGAUGGUCCUGUCACAGCACGAGAAAGACUUCCAGGAUCUCAAGGAAAACCACCAGUCUGAACUCUACGACCUUGACACAAGGAUGCGGGAACGCACAGACCGUGACGCCAAGAAAAUCUCGAGUGUUGAGCGCCAGAACCAAGAACUGAGAGAAGAGAUUGUGCAGGCAAAUCAGCUACGCAAGCAGCAGCUGGUGGAGCUAGGUCUGCUGAGGGAGGAAGAGAAACAGAAGAUGCAGAGGGAACAGGAGUCUGAGCUGGCAAGAUUGCGAUCUGAGAUGGAACAACAGAGACUGGAGCUGCAGAAAACUCACAGCACGGAGAUGGAGAAGAUGCUGGAGAAGACUAAUGGGAGGUUGAAAGAUAUUGAAAAGGAGUACAUGCAGAGAGGACAAAAAGCUACAGAGACAAUAGCAGAACUACAGGCAACAUGCAACCAUCUGAGAGAGGAAAUUAAAAGGAUACAAGAAGGAAGUGAGAGAAAGAUUCAUGAUUCCAACAGUAAAUACAAGGAGGAAACCAAGUACAUCAAGAGACAGUACAGUAACAAUGUGGAGAACCUACAGACUGAGUUGGAAUCCCAGGAGGCUUGGGCGAAGGCCUGGAGCUGGGUAACAUCGCCGCGUGUCUAUUAACACCAGUCAGGGCCUUACCUUGACAGAGUUCUUGUAGUGGGGACCUUAUAUUUACUGUACAGAUCUUUCGUAGAUAGGUCUCAUACAGAUACAUUUUUCUGCCUCUUGUUGUCAUCACCUUAACUCAGUAGAUAUUAGAUAAAGAUCAGUAAUUUCGGUUGUUAGGACCUUACCUUACAGAAUAGUGGGGCCUCUCCAUACAGAUAUCUAUCAGAAGUCAGCCUUACCCGAUAUCUCUCCUACUUAGAGCCUCACUGUCCUUGUCAGGGCCACCAUACAGAUAUCUAUCAGAAGUCAGUCUUACCAGAUAUCUCUCCUAGUUAGAGCCUCACUGUCCUUGUCAGGGCCAUCAUACAGAUAUUUAUCAGAAGUCAGCCUUACCAGAUAUCUCUACUAGUUAGAGCCUCACUGUCCUUGUCAGGGCAACCAUACAGAUAUCUAUCAUAAGUCAGCCUUACCAGAUAUCUCUCCUAAUUAGAGCCUCACUGUCUUUGUCAGGGCCACUAUACAGAUAUCUAUCAGAAGUCAGACUUACCAGAUAUCUCUACUAGUUAGAGCCUCACUGUCCUUGUCAGGGCCACCAUACAGAUAUCUAUCAGAAGUCAGACUUACCAGAUAUCUCUACUAGUUAGAGCCUCACUGUCCUUGUCAAGGCCACCAUAAAUAUAUCUAUCAGAAGUCAGCCUUACCAGAUAUCUCUCCUAGUUAGAGCCUCACUGUCCUUGUCAGGGCCACCAUACAGAUAUCUAUCAGAAGUCAGCCUUAUCAGAUAUCUCUACUAGUUAGAGCCUCACUGUCCUUGUCAAGGCCACAAUACAGAUAUCUAUCAGAAGUCAGUCUUACCAGAUAUCUCUACUAGUUAGAGCCUCACUGUCCUUGUCAGGGCCACCAUACAGAUAUCUGUCACGUACAGUGCUUUUCCACACAGAGAUGCCAUGUAGUUGUUUUAUUAGACCUCCAGUGAUAUUUGUCCAUUAUAGUUUUGGUACUUGUAAUAAUCCAUUGUUUAUGUUGUGGUGCUGUUACUGCAUGGAUUGUUUCCUGAAGUGGCUUCAUAGAGGUAUACAAGAAGGUCAUUUUAUAGUGAAUCAAUUAAAAAAAAUGUCUGGAAAUCAUUCUAGCAGUAGGUGAUAGUGUAAAAUGUUCACUGCUGAUAGUGUUAAAGUGAGUUAACAUGGAAGUAAGUAAUUUAAUUUGUCCACCAUCUUUUCCUACUUAGACAUCACAUUUUGUUCCUUUUACACAAAGAUAUCACUGACACCCAAAACUGAGGCCUGCAUCUCAGAUGAUAGUGUGCUGUAUUAUCAGGGUGACCUUAGGCACUGUCACCCUCUAACGAACGUAGUAUUCUGUGUACUAGUUCGAUACAGAAUGACUAUCGUAAUGAUGAUUAUCUCACAGUACAAGUAGCUACUAGUCCAGAGUAGUCGUGGUUUGCUGUAGAACUCGGUCUGUAGUAGUCACUGUCACCAUAGAUACUUUAUUUUAAGUUUAAACUUUAUUCAAUUUUUGUGUUCAAUCACCUGCUUAAGUUUUAUCUUAAUAUGGAUCUGAAAUUCAAAAUGGCCACCAGUUGCCAUCUUGGAUUCUGGCCAAGCAGGAACGUACAGAAAUUAAUGACUGAUGCCAGAAAGUAAAAUAAUGUUUUGUUUGUAUUGUGGCAUGUGAGCAAGAAUCUGCAAAAUCCAUAUAAUAUACCCUCAAAUCCAAAAUCCAAAAUCCAUGGGAACAUUUGGGUGAAAGGUUCUACAUGUACUGGGAAAAUUUGUUUAUAUAGGCCUGGAAAAAAACAUGAGUUUCAGGCAUUUUAUUCUCUUUCCCCAUUGACUGACAAGUUUCUGACCCAUAGCUUAAAAUCUUAAAAAAUUGAAAUGUUUACAUACACAUGUAUAUAUAUAUAAAAAAAAAUACACUCUAGUCUGGUAACGAAAAAGGAAAUGUUUUGAAUCCUAUAUUAAAACAUUGUCAUGGAGAAUUUAUUUUUAAGAAUGCUGAAAUCUGAACACACUUAUUAGGCCUAUUACCCUGAAUCAUGUAUACCUGUAAGUUCAGUGGUGGUGCUUUGGUUGCUACUAAUUUAAGUUUAUUAAUACUCAUUGAGGUUCAUUGAUUUUGCUGUCUGAAAAAAAUCUGAGACAUGUUUGUAGUUGAACUUGUUUAACUUUUGGGUUUGUAUGGAAUAACAUGUGAUGGUUUGUCUGUUAUUGUGUGUUAACAUGUAGUUUGUGUUUGACUUUCUGUGAUAGACUGUAGGAGCCUACACUUGUACACAUGUAGGCUGACAAUUACUGACAGCCACCUGAUCUACCCUUAUCUUCAU